AUGAUGGGCUCCAACAGUCCGUUCAUGGAGUCUCUUGCAUCACGCGUAUUGGAAUGGCACCUCAAUCACUUGGUACAAUUGAAACGCAGUCCUACAGAUGUCGCUAUCCUCUUAAGGCUUCGCAAAGAUGAAAGCAUCUUUGUAAGUCAGAAAGUGAAGCUGCUGAAACUGUACACGGAGCUCUUUUAUCCACCCCCACUCUCCAAAGCACCUUUCCUGCAUGCGGUGGCGAUGGGCUUUGGCGGCGAGGCUGAAUUUGCACCGUUCUUGUUCAAGUUUGCCGUCCUGAACUCAGGGCAUGUACAAGCAGAGGAGUGGCUGAACACGUUGUUCAUCAAAUGGCACUAUGACGGAAGAACGUUCGAAGAGGCGUUUGAACUGCUGAAGGUCAAAGAGGUGGGACCCGCUAUCUUCUCAUCUCGAUACUUGACGCUGUUGGGACAGUACAGGGACGACAGCGCCCGGCACACUGGAGGACAAGAGGUGAGGACUUUGUGCAGCCUCCUCAAACCCGAGUUUGGUGGCGACGCUAAACUCGCCGUCCUGGUGUACGAGGCGAGACAUACGACUGAAGCCGCCAAUGUACGACAAGGGGUCCUGUUCGACCUGUUUACUGAGUGGGUCGAAAAGGAAGCCAAACAGCGGGACUUCCGAAGCAAGUUGUUUUCUGAAAUGGCCAACAUCAAUGAAGAAGAUUCAAAAGCUAUCAAGUCUGCUUUCAAUAUCUUCCGCAAGGGGAAACGGGUGGCCGAUUGA